CCGAGCGAGAGUGGGUGUGGCCUGUGUUGAAGUUCGCGAACACCUGUCCUCGAGAAGUCAGAGGAGAUAUCUCGCGGUCCUCAAGGAACUGCGACUCACACGGGGCAUUUCCGGGUUCAGUUCCGUCUUAAACCGGUUCAGGUUCUGGUUCCGGGUGUUUAUUGUAAUUGACAGUGACAAGGGGGAGAGACAGGCGGUGAAGCUCUCGCUAUGGGACUCUGUUGUCGGUGGUUGUUAGCGGUGUGGUGUGUACAGGUGUGCAGCUCCGGUGCGGCGCAGGUCUCCGGGUUUAGCACGGCUUACAUUAACGUGUCUUUCGUUUCUCCCGACUAUAACCGGACGAUCUGGCGGCGUGAGGAGAUGGGGUUGUACGGUAUCGAGUCACCGACCUAUCCCGUGACCGGGCCCGUGUACCUGGCCGACCCGAUUCACGCAUGCGCCAACGAUACAAAGUUCGAUCGGCCCGCGGGCUCCGCACCCUGGAUAGCGCUCGUGCAACGGGGAAACGGAUGCACGUUCACGUAUAAGAUCAACGCAGUCGCGCGGAACGGAGCCUCAGCAGCGGUCAUCUUCAAUGACUAUGGAACCGACAACCUGGUCAUCCAGAUGUCCCAUCCAGGUACCUCGAUUGUGGCGUUGAUGAUUGGUAAUACUCGUGGAAUGAACCUGGUGAAGCUGCUCCAGAAUGGUGUUUCCAUCUCCAUGACUAUAGAGGUGGGGCUUCAGCGUGGAUUAUGGAUGAGUCACUACUCCGUUUUGUUCAUCUCCAUUUCCUUCUUCAUCAUCACCACGGCAACUGUGUGCUACUUCAUCUUCUACUUUGCACAGAGACUUAACAACAUUCGCCAGCGGAACCAAAAACAGAAACAGAUGAAGGCAAAAGCAAAGAAAGCAAUUGGUCAACUUAAGAUUCGCACACUCCAACAAGGAGAUCAGGAGACUGGACCAGAUGCUGACUCAUGUGCUGUUUGUAUUGAUUUGUAUAAACCAGGAGAUGUGCUUGCUGUCCUGACAUGCAAUCAUUUUUCAUAAAGCAUGUGUUGAGCCGUGGCUGAUGGAGCACAGGACCUGCCCCAUGUGCAAGUGUGACAUCCUCAAAGCCCUUGGAGUAGAGACGGAUGUUGAAGAGCAGCACAUGUCGACGGUCGCAUCUGAUUUGCAUUCGUUCCCCAGCAGCACUGAGUUCUUACACACACACACUAACUCCAACACACACCUUAACUCUGAAUCAUACACACACAGUGACGCUGCCUCUUCCGGACACGAGUCUGUGCAUGCAGUGGAGCAGCUGGGUCCUGCUGAACACACACACUAUGGUUUUGAGGCAGUGUGUGUGGAAAUGCAGCCACACUAUGAUAACCCCGCCUUUGAGAAUGAAACUCGUAGCUAGGAGCUGGGACUGUGACACACACACACACACACACACACACACACACACACACACACACUGUAUACAUUUAUAGUCACAGGCUUUGAAGAAAUGAAUGUAAUAUUAAUAUCUGUGUGAAAAACUAAAUGAAUGACUUCAUACUGUGCUCUCUGGGAGAAAACAGCAAUAAGCUCACAAUUUUAAAACAAACCUUUUAAAACAAAUGAAAUUAUACUAUAUAUUUUAUUAAUAUUCAUACGUGUUUCUUGUGUGUGUCUCAGUGUGGCCUUAUUGGUAUCUUCUGUACUCUGAUUUACUGAUAGAAAUAAUAAGAAAUGUAAUUUGAAUCAUAUUCUCUAAAAAUGUAAAUAAAUCCUCUUUUUAUCACAAAA